AUGUCACGUUUGGAAAGAUCUUAUCCAAAUUUUUUUGGAGGCGAACAACAUAUGGCGCCUGAGACCUACUACAUCCGUUUACGCGGUUUACCUUUUUCUGCUCGUGAAGAAGAUGUUCGCAACUUUUUAAACGGGAUCCCGACGAAGCAUGUAACUUUUACGCUGACGGCUACAGGUCGGGCUAGUGGGGAGUGUUAUGUUGAACUUAAUGACACUAGUGCUGUGAAGGAUGCUCUGCUGUUGCAUAAGAAGGAAAUGGGGGGUCGGUAUAUUGAAGUCUUUUCGGUAUCUGAACAAGAGCGGAUACAGAUGGUGCGAAACGGUGUUCUUCGUGGUCCUGGGGAAUCAGAUAUUCAGCGACCUGCUAAGUACGUUGUGCGCCUGCGCGGGCUACCUUUUGAAACUAACAACGAUGACAUCAAAGAAUUUUUUGAAGGUACUUCUUUUCAAAAACCUCGCAAAUUAGAUACAUUGGUUUUUGAUACGUUUGAGAUUUCAGGUCUUGUAUGGGGAGGAGAAUCUUUUCAGAGUUUAAUAUUGUAUAAUGAAUAUUUUAAACCUUUACGAAGGUUCUAUUCCUUCGCGUGUUGUCACCUACCUGGUGACAGGUUGAUGCCAUUUAAGGAGGGUGUUGGUAGAGCGGUUAAUAUUUUAUAUUGGGAUAUAGGCUUGGAUAUAGAAGACAUCGUAAUCGAUUUAUUGGCGGGGGGUCGUCCCUCGGGGGAAGCGUUUGUGCGGUUUUCGACCAAGGAACACGCUGAGAAGGCACUCGAAAGGAACAAAAGCUACAUGGGUUCGAGCAUAUUUUUGUUGUUCAGGUAUGUUGAGGUUUUCCGAAGUUCAUGGGACGAAAUGGAAAAUAGUUAUUACGAUUCACACGGCUAUCCGCCAACCAGAUCUGGGCCGAUACCACUGCGUGAAGCGGCGGCAGCAUUCGAAGUUAGGGAAAUGCCACGACCACGCCCACUGUUUGAUUUUGACGACUUUUAUGAACCCCCUGAUAUGUAUCCGAGAUUGGGCCCACCGGUUGGUCCGGGACCCAUGAGUCGUGAUCGCGGAGGGUUUCGUUCUUCCCCAUACGGAGACGCGCCUUACCCUAACCGGCGGGGUCGGUUCUUGCCUGAUGACGAAGAUUUUGGUCCUCCGUUGCGAAGGGAUGCACGGAGAAGAGAGGAUAAAUUAUUUAUGCGAGGCAUGCCUUAUAGUGUCACUGGAGUAGAUAUCGAAAUGUUUUUUGAUCCGAUGAGGUGCCUUGAAAUCAAACUUGGAUAUGGCCCGGAGGGGCGACCAUCUGGUGACGCACUUGUAACUUUCGAAACCGUUUAUGAUUGUGAUCGAGCCUUAUCCCGCUCAGGACGAAUGAUGGGGAAUCGCUAUGUCGAGUUAUUCCCUGCGUCGGAUAUGCCGCCAAGUGCAAGACGUAUUGAAUUUCGCUCUGUUUCUUCUUCAAGUUCACUGCUGAAGCUUCCGAGUGCGCCAGCUAAAAGCAGCUCUGGUGCCUAUGGCCGGGAGAGGAGUCGGUUGCCACCUCCUAACAGAAGUUCUCGUUCAUCUGGUUUGGGCAGGCAUCCUUCGCACAGACAUGGGCCCGCACUUUCUUCUAUGAGGCGUUCGCCCACAAAAAGAGAAAGGUUAUCCCCUACUCCUGUCCCAAAGCCAGUCCCUUUGGCCCAUGUCAAUACGUCGCGUCAUAAUAUGGGAGGAUUUUCAGAAGGUAAAAGUCUAUGCGUUGCGCAGCAGUCUCCAUAUACAAAUCAGACGUCGUCGUCGUUCUCGGGCCAGAACUCUUACAGUUCGCAUGGAUCAUAUGGUCCGGGUACCUCAAAUUACGAUGCUCCAACGUCUUUUGGAAGUCCGAAUGAUUUUUCAAGUACUCCCUCCUACUCUCAACCAGCUUAUGCUACAACCAGUUCCUAUAACUCUCCUACCACCUACACAGCUCAGAGUUCAUAUUCUGGACAGCCGUAUUACAGCCAGUCUAGCGUUUAUGGUCAGUCAAGUAAUUAUGAUCAUUCCUCCAACUAUUCUGAGCCGACGUAUAACCGCCUUUCUUACAGCGGAGGAGAGUCAUCAAAACCUUCCUGGUGAUA